AGACCAAAUCUCCUAAUAGAAACGGGACAGAAAAUAUUUUCAGACACACAUUCGUUAGGGGGGAAAAUGCCACAUAGUGUAUGUUUCAAUUAAAUAUUAUAAAAAUCUUUUAUGUUAUAAAAUAAAUGAAAAUUAACACGAGCCGUGGCCACAACAAAAUCAAAAUGAUAUUCGAAUUUUCGCAAGUUACGGAGUAGAAAAGAUCAUAGAUGAUUGGGUUCCUAAUGGAAACUUAAAAAACUUGAUUGAGAGAGAUUCAAAGAGUUUUGGUAGGUCGACAGUAACCAUUUCCAUCAUUUCAAAUAGAAGAGCAUAUAUCUUUAGUUAGAAGUUUCAAAUAUUGUAUAUGGUAUUUCGAGUGAUCUUUUUUAAAAAGACUAUAUAAUAUAUAGAAUAUUUCUUCUAUCAAAUUGUUUUUCGGCUUAUAACCAUAAGCAUCGAAAUCAAUUUUUAGCUUCCAUUAGAAAAGCCAGUGGAAACAUAAUAUAACAAAUUUAUCAAACACUUUACAGCACUGACCCAAAGCUUUAUUUUGUUUUUUUUUCCUUAUUCCUUAUCAAUGGCAAAUUUUGGAGCCCGGGGAAGUCUACUGAGAUCAUUUAUUCAUCUGCUUUCAAUGAGUCGCAUGAUGGGUGAUAUUUGUGGAAAAUCUGCAGCCUUCUGGCCUGGACAAUAUCCCAUUCUUCCAGAAAGUGAUUUUGGCCAACGAAUGCUACAACAAUGUCGCCAGUUGGAAAAACCCAAAGUGCCGGUGGAUUUGAAUAAAUUUAAAGCGUUAUCAGAGAAGUUUCCCGCCAAGGUAAAACUCAGUAGAUAUCCUAGAACAUUCCUUGAUAAUCCCCUUGGUCAACCCCAAUUGAAGUUUAGCAUCGAUACUUGUCGGGUGAAGUCCCAACCGGUGGAUCGGUAUAAUCAAAUCCGUAAACAAAUUGCAUCCGCCUAUCCGGUGAUUCAUGAACGAACCCUUCUGCUCUACAUUAGUUUUCUGGAGCACAAGCUCAAGUUUGGAAGCAAACAGGAGAAGGCCAUCUAUAGGGACAUGUCUGUGGUGGACUUUGUGCAGCGCCUUUUGACAAAAAGAUGCGUGUGUUUCUAUGGCGCUAAUGAUUACUAUCACACCAUAGACGGAAAAGUCGGGGACGAAGGCUUCGAACAGGUGGGCACUCCGGCGGAAAAAGAUCCUCUAAACAUAACCUCAGUGCUAAGCUAUGAUGAGAUCAAAUUGUCCGCCCUACUCUACGUUUCCACACACUCUGAAUUCAUCAACAAUGGAAGUAGAUCGAAUGCUGGGGUGGUGACUCAGGAUAAGACUACAAUUGAACGCGAAGGCGUGAUAAUUGGUCUAAUUGGUGCCCGUUUCGAGCGUCCCGAUGUAAUGGAGUAUCAAGAUAUUAUGAUUACCGAGACCCAAAAUACCCAAACUAAAGGUUAUGGACCAUUAAAUGCCUCCAGUGCGACCAAUACUCCAACUUCAGAUUUACGUAGAAUCUGGCGAGAAUUUUACGAGGAACCCACGGACUUUAUUUAUGGUGAGGUACCCUCGGAUAAAGACCGUUUUGAAGAGGUCCCUGAGGGCAUAUUCGAUCACAAAGUGAUGUGCAAACGAUAUGCCAUCAGUUUUGAUACCCUACUCUUGGAGGCACAGGAUAGAGCCCGUAAGGUUGGCAAACCCGCCUUUAUCCAUGUCGUGGGCAUCGGUUUGGGCGUUUGGAAAGCCGCUUUAAAACAGGAUCGCACCUUUUUUCAAUCCUUUGAGGAAAGGUUAAAGGCACUUGGCGAUCGACUCACACACAUCGGUGUAGUGCACUUUUCUUGGUUUCAUUCCCCAGGAUUUGGCAGCUUGUACGAUGGAGCCAUGCUUCCCGUAGCGAAACAUCCACAGGGUGGCAUUCGUAUCCGAAUUUCAGCACGUAAUCCUGCCGAUAAACUAACAGAGGACAUGCUGCCCGUAGUUACAUAUGCCUGGGAUGGCAAUGCCCUGCCUGGCAAUGAAUUUUGGUCGGGUAUGCUUGUCAGCACUGGAGAUCCCGCAGCAGCCUGCUCUACUUUAAUUGCAGAACUUCAAAAUGCCCACAUCAAUGUGGACUACAUGAGUGGAUCUAAUUUGCAUAUUGCAUCCGUGGAACACGGAUUGUUACAUGUCGGUGAUUACGCCAAACGAGUGAUCGUCUAAAACUAUGAUGUACAAUGGAUACUUAAAGUGCAAUGUUAGCAUUUAAUAAUAUUUAUAUUGUCUUUUGAUAUGCGAUGUUUAAUAACUUUAAAGGCUUGUGGAUUUCGAAAUAUAUAUGUAUAUUACUCGCUAAAUGUGUUAUUAAAACUUAAAGAAGAGAGUCAUAUGGAAAAUGACAAAUCUGGGGGGGGUCUUAAAAUAUACAAAGUGAAUCAAAAUACAAAGUGAAUAAGGAACAGCUCUCUUUUUUGCAUUGAUAAGAAUAUGAUCUUUGUUUUUUCAAGCUGUUUUGUGACUCAAUGAGUAUGAUAGCAAAACCAACAAAUGGCAGCU